GCAUGCCUGUUAAAAAUAGGGGUAGUGUAGUUUUUGUUACAGCUCAAAAGUUGUUAAAGGAAGCAGUACAAUGUUUUUUCAAUCCUGACAAAACGUGGUUGGUUGGAUUAUUUCUCUGUAGUGUGGAAGUUAUUUUAAACCUUUGUGUCAUUAACACUGUAAAAUUCACAGAGAUUGAUUGGAUUGCUUAUAUGCAAGAAGUGGAAGGAUUUAUAAAUGGAACUUAUGAUUACAUGAAAUUACAGGGAGAUACAGGUCCCCUUGUUUAUCCAGCAGGUUUUGUUUAUGUAUACACAGCAUUGUAUUAUGCGACUAAUCAUGGAGCAAAUGUCAGAAUGGGUCAAUACAUUUUCUUUCUUAUUUACCUAGUCAAUCUAUAUUUUGUUUUAAGAAUCUACAACAAAACAAAAAAGUGCCCACCAUACGUGAUGAUAUUUAUGUGCUGUACAUCAUACCGUAUUCAUUCUAUAUUUGUUCUUCGUUUGUUCAAUGAUCCAAUAGCCAUGUUGAUACUUUUUAUCUCAGUGAAUUUGUUCAUGGAGAAUUACUGGAUUUUUGGCUCAUUCUUUUUUAGUUUUGCUGUUUCUGUAAAAAUGAAUAUUCUGUUGUUUGCCCCUGGUCUGCUACUGCUGAUGAUUGAGCAUGGGAUAAAAGCAACUGCUAUUAAUUUAACUAUUUGUGCUGGACUGCAGGUUAUUUUAGGAACGCCAUUCCUUCUAAAUAAUCCAAUUGGAUAUAUAGUUCGGUCGUUCGAUUUGAGUCGACAAUUUAUGUUUAAAUGGACCGUAAAUUGGAGGUUUAUUUCUGAAGAAUUAUUUCUUGAUCGGAAGUUUCAUUUAAUCCUUCUGCUGUUUCACUUCUUGCUUCUUUGUGCAUUUUUUGGUUGGAAAUGGCGAAGGAAUUCUGUUAAUAACUCGAAACCUCACAUGACAAGAACAAAUAUGGAGAUUUGUCGAUUGAAUACUAAUCAUAUAGCAUAUGUUCUGUUCACAAGUAAUUUCAUUGGAAUAUGCUGCAGCAGAUCUUUACAUUACCAGUUCUACGUAUGGUAUUAUCACACCCUUCCAUAUUUACUGUGGUGCACUCCCUUCUCAUCUCCUUUUAGGUUGCUUCUAUUUGGAUUGAUUGAAAUGUGUUGGAACACUUACCCGUCAACUACUAUAAGUUCUCUAUGUCUUAAUGUUUGUCAUGUAACAAUUUUGAUUGGCUUGUUGUACGAGCAAUCCAAAUACGAAAAAAAUACCAAAAAGAUUUCUAAAUUAAACUAAGAUUUUAGUUUUAUCCUGUAUUUCUAAAUUUAUUGUUUGUAAUACAAUAGAGAUCUUGUCAUAAAUCACAUUUAAUAAUAAUGAAAAGUAUACCAGGUUACUG